CGAUUUAUCGACGUAUACAACUUUCAUUCCUUUCUUUUGACAUAUAUCAAAACUAGAUUUGGAGAUUUGCGCAUUGAGUGGUACAUAGGGAUUUUAUAUCAGAUUCAUAUAAGACUGCCGCAGGACGGAAAAUAGAAAAGGAUGAGCGAAGAGGCCGACGAGCAUAAUGCCAUCACAUCCAAAGAACCCAGUUUCAAUGGCCGUCUACAGCUAAAGAACUUCAUGUUCAGCGCCAGCGCAUCAAACCCCAUCUCAUCCCCAAUAACCCGUCGCAGUCCGCGGCUCUCAUCACAAGCCGCCGCCAUCUCAUCCUCGUCACGGUCCAUCACACCCUCAUCACCCACGCCUCUAAAGCGGAAAUCCCAAAGUCGCAACAACACCACCACCACCACCAUCCCCAAAAAUGCCUCCGAAGACGACAGCGCAUCUCCCUCCAAAAAGAAGGCAAAGCGCACCCGCACAUCCUCCUCCUACGCACCCCCAUCCACAUACGCCCAUCUACCCCCCCUAACCGACGUGAUAGCGCCCAACCUCCUAAUCCUCUUCAUCGGGCUGAACCCAGGCGUCCAGACCGCGCGCUCGGGCCACGCCUACGCACACCCAUCGAACUUAUUCUGGAAACUCCUCUACUCCUCAGGCAUCACCCCCGUCCCAUGCAAGCCCGAGGAAGACAGGACGUUGCCCGCGCGGUUCAGUCUGGGGAAUACUAACAUCGUCUCCCGACCAAGCCGCAACGGCGCCGAGCUGAGCAAAGCAGAGAUGGACGCCGGCGUCGCCGUGCUGGAGGCGAAAUGUCGGACAUGGAGACCCGAGGCCGUAUGUGUUGUCGGCAAGAGCAUCUGGGAGAGCAUCUUCCGCGUCUGGAAGGGGCGGAACUUGGCGAGGGGGGAAUUCGAAUACGGAUGGCAGGUGGAGAGGAUGGGGGCCGUGCCGCCUGCGAGGGAUUCUGCGGCUGUCAAGGUCGGUGAUGCUGUUCUGGCCUCGAGAGUUAAGGCUGAAGGUGAUGAUGAGGAUAGAGAUGAAAAGGAAGGCGAUGAAGAAAAUGUAGAAGAAGGGGAAGAAAGAGCGGAAAGCGUUGACGAUGGACCAUGGGAGGGCGCGAGGGUCUUCGUGGCGACGAGCACGAGCGGUCUUGCGGCUACCGUGCGCCCGGAGGAGAAAGAGAGGAUAUGGAAGAUCCUUGGCGAUUGGUGUGUCCAGAGACGGAAGGAGAGGGCUGAGGUGAAGACGGAGAACGCAGAUGCGUAGACUGUGUUGAUUUUGGCCUUGAUAUCUAGCUAUUCAUGUUAAGGAGCUGGUUUAUCAACUCAUUUUGGUGAGAUGGCUUGGCCCAAGUGCCGCGACGAAUGAAUCUAUGCUUUAAUAUCACGAUUCGGGGUAAUUGAUCGUAGCAAAUUCUUGCUUGUAUAGUACGCCUUUCACGAGCGCUGCUAUAUGAAGUAAUUUCAACGAACUCAAAUCACUAGUUUGCUAUCAACAUAUAAAUCAUUCCAUUCACGUCUGAGCACUGCCAGGAGUAAUCGCUCUCUAGCAAAGAAUCAUAUAGAUAGAUACUGCGGAUUCUCCAAUUCUCCUUCGAACAUAGCUA